AAGAUCUGACCAAGGGAUGUUCAAAUACCUUCGAAAGCGUAUCACAACUCACCUGACAGAACGCAACAGGAGAAGGUCAAGGCUAGUGUUCAAGGAUGGAAGGUGUAACAUAGAAUUUGGAAACUUAAAGGAGCAGAAAAGAUUUGCCUUUUUGGUGGAUAUUUGGACUACAGUUCUUGAUCUCAAGUGGCGUUAUCAGAUCACCAUCUUUACUACAGCAUAUCUAGGAAGCUGGUUUAUUUUCAGUCUUCUUUGGUAUAUGCUGGCAUAUCUGAAUGAGGAUCUUCCAGAGUUUAAACCUUCUAGUAAUCAUACCCCAUGUGUAAACAACCUCCAUGGUCUGUCCACAGCCUUCCUCUUUUCACUUGAGACACAAGUGACCAUUGGUUAUGGGUUCCGAUACAUCACAGAAGAGUGUGGUGCAGCUGUCUUUCUUCUUGUUUUGCAGUCUAUGCUGGGCAUUAUCAUCAAUUCAUUCAUGUGCGGUGCCAUCUUAGCCAAAAUUGCAAGGCCAAAAGUCCGUGGCAAAACCAUAACAUUUAGUAAGAAUGCUGUCAUCAGCAGAUUAAAGGGAAACCUCUGUCUCCAAGUCAGAGUUGCUAACCUCAGAAAAAGCCUUCUUAUUGGAGGACAUACUUAUGGCAAACUCCUCAAAACUACGGUCACACCAGAAGGAGAGACUAUCAUUUUGGAUCAAGUCAAAAUAGAUUUUUAUGUCGAUUCUGGAAAUGAAGACUUGUUCUUUAUCUGUCCCCUGACACUUUAUCACGUGAUUGACAAGAGCAGUCCUUUCUAUGACAUGUCUGCUGAUACGAUCCAUCAGCAAGAUUUUGAGCUGGUGUUAUUUUUAGAUGGCACUGUGGAAUCGACGAGUGCCACAUGUCAAGUUAGGACAUCCUAUAUUCCAGAAGAAGUGCUCUGGGGAUAUCGUUUUGCUUCCAUUAUAACUAAAUCAAAGAUAGGGAAAUACAGAGUUGACUUCUCUAACUUUGGUAAGACACUGGAAGUGCAAACUCCACAUUGUGCCUUAUGCUUAUACAAUGUGAUGGAGAGCACAAAUGCAAUUCAGAAAGCUUAUGACAACCUAGCAUUUGAAAAUGAUGAGAUCAAAGAACGCCAUGAAACCAAAAUGUAAUGCUAAAUAUUCCUUCCAAAUAAAUUCUUAUGCAACAGAGAGUUUCCCAUAUGAAGGCAGGUUCAAGGACUAUAAAAGAAACUUGAUGCCAACAACAAAGCAACAUGAAUGUAACAAACUACUAAGACAAUGAGAUGGAAUUACUUGUGACUCCCAGUUAUGUCAGCAACAAAACCUGUCAUUUUAUGCAGUGAUGUCAAAUAUCUACAGUACUGCAAAAGUUAAUUUAAUCACACAACAAGAAUCUAAUACAAUAUUUGCAGUCUUAAUACAACAUCUUGUCAUUCCAUAAGAUUUUUUAACAGGAUUCUCAAACAUCUUUGGCAGUAUGUAAACUAUGCCCUUUAUAGCUGCUAUAGUCUUCAGACAACAGGAAUAAUAAGUUAAUAAUGACCUGCAAUAUACACUGGGAAAUUCCUACAUGCCUGGCUUUCUAUUUUGUCAUAAAUUAACUGACUUGAGUGUAGAAAUCCUGAACAUUCAUUUGAGGUGUAUUGUAGUAACAUCCAAACUUAACUUUUUUUGUUAAAUGUGGCAUAUUGUAGUGACAUCCAAACCUAACUUUUUUUGUUAAAUGUCAUGCUAAUCUGCUCUCCUCCUGUAAGGAAAGGAACAGGAUAAAAGCGAGGCUAAUUAUUGCAGCUCAAAGAAUGUGACAUUCCCAUUUAAUACAUUAUGUGAAGACAUGAAAUUUGUAAGGCAAACUGCUCUAAGAUGUAGGCAAAGCUUUUCAAAUCAGCAUCCAACAGUUUUGUAACACCUAUUCUAUUUUAUUGUGUGCUUACUUACGAUAUUACUGUUCUUGAUUUCCAAUACUUACUACAAUUAGUCAUUUUUUUUCUUUAAGAAAUGAUCGUGUUACGAUAAAUGUUUUUAAAAUGGUUAGUUUUAUUCUUUCAUACUGUUCAUUGAAGUUCUUACUGUCCUCAGUUUCUCAUGUUUAGGGUCAAUAAGGCUACCAAGCUCCACAAAUAAUCUUCUGUAAGCAGUUAUGGGCUCAGUGAUUCAUUAUUUUUAAUCUUAGAAUUGAUGGCAAGUUGAUUUAGUCCUUCUGCAAGAGCAUUGAAAAAGUUUAUUCCUUCCCCGAGUGAAUAUUUUUGGCUGCAAAUGUAUAAGCUAAUAGUAUCUUACAAACCCUGCGCAGGAUGCAUUUAGUCAUACAUAACUAAACUUUUUGAACAUGGACAGCCAACUCAGGGAUACACAUCUUCUGGUCUCGUUUACUACCACACACAUUCAUAGGUUAGUACUAAGCUAACUGCCCUUUUGAGCCAUUUUAAGCUUAGCCAAUUAUCCCUUGUGAGACUCAAACCCUGCACCUUGUGUUUGUAAGGCAAACACCUUAACCAUUAGGCCACCCACCCAACCAAGCUCAACUGUUCAGGUUUUUACAAAGGCUGUAGCCUGAAAAGUUUAAAACUCUCAAAGACCAUGCUCUUACUUUCCUGACAUCAGGCAUCUACCUUGAAAGAAACUACAAGCAUAUUUUUAAUUAUUGCAAACAGAUGGUAGCAAAAAAAAAAAUACAUUGAUAAGAAAUGGAAGUCAUCCUUUCCACAUAUCAGUCAUAAACUUCACGGAAGACUAAAGUAACCCUCUGCAGGCAUUAUGCCAUGAUGCACAGACAAAUUUUCAGCUGUCACCUGGCCAUGCUCUCAAGAAACCUGAGGUUUAAGACACUUGCUACUUGGCAUUUUGCAAAUUAAGAAGAAAGUACCUGCCUAACAUAUAUUUAUCUUUGAUCCCCCAGGGCAUUGAGCAUCAAACAUUAUUACAGCCUAGGUGUUGCAAGCGCAAAAUUCAGCUACAUUGGUGGCAUCUGUUCAGACUAAAUCCAUGUAGGUUUUACUGCCAGCUACUGGUCCUGGGAGAUUAAUAGUAGCUUUCGUACAUACUGGCAUACCUCUUACAAACUCCUUUUGUGUGAUCUGCUCUUAGCAUGCAGUUAGGAAACCUUUUUUCCUCUACUUUUAUAAAGAAACUGGAAUAUAGCUUUGUGACUUUUAUAACUGAAAUGAAUAGCUUGUAACGUUGGAUACUGAAAUCUCAAAAUGCCACAUUUAUUGGGGUAGUAUAACACUUGCGAAGGUGAUUGGAAACUAUCUAACCUAAUUUUGAGCCUAAUGAGAUAGAAAUAAAAGUCUGAAAUUAGGUUUAAGUUGUCAUUCUAAAAGUUUUAUCUCCAUGGAUCUCUCAUACAGCAAGAAAUAAUCAUUUCUGUCUUCAUUUUUGUGACAUUUUAUUCCUCUGAAAUGCAUUAUUAUAAAUGGUAGCCAGUUUUCUCUCCUUUUUUUCAUACUGCUGAUUUAAAUAGAUUGUUUGUUGAGACUUAAAGAGAGCACAAUGAAUUUACUCUUUCCUAGAAAUGUUAAAAUAUUUACAGUACUUGAUUCAAGCCUGGAUAGUGUCGCUGUGUAAACUAGAGAGAAUGAGCUGUCUAAAUGUAAAUUAGAGAAUGUUUUUAAAGUGGAUUAUGUCACAAAAUAUUAAAGCAACUGAAUAGAAAUCACGAAAACAACUUACAACGUAAAGUCACAAACUAUCCAAUAAAUG